AUGGCCCAUUUUUCGCCGGACAGCUGGACUCCAGCGGUCAAUGUCUUGACAUGGUUUCUGCUGGUGACGGCAAUUCUGAGCGUCAUCACUCGACUAGGGACCAAGUACUGGAUCUUUCGCAAAUUCACUGAAGAUGAUUACUUCAGCAUCACUUCCUUGGUACUCUGCGCUGCGCAGUCCAUCGCCGUGUCGAUGGCGACUGCCAACGGGUACGGGGAGUAUUAUGAGAGUUUGAGUAGUUCCAGCAUUGAAGAAAUGAUGAAGUCGCAAUACUCAGCGAAUAUCCUCUUCAUCUUGAGCAUGUGUUUCUCUAAACUCGCUCUCAUCAGCUUUAUCGAUAACUUGACACCUGCUUCUACAGACCACCGCAUUGCAGUUGGCCUGAAAAUGUUUACUGUUGUUUGGGGGGUGAUUGGCAUCAUAACCUCAGCCUUUCAGUGCAAACCGCCUCGAACUUGGGACUAUCUGCAUGGGAAAUGCUUUCACAUUAAUGGCUGGUGGAAUUAUCUUGGCACGACGAAUAUCUUGUUGGAAUGUGGUAUGAUUGUGCAGGCAAUGCUAGUAAUUGUACGCAUCCAGACACAUAUGAAGAAAAAGGCCGUCUUGGCCGGGGUGUUUCUGCUUCGGGUCGCGUUCGUACUAUCCCCGGUAUCUUCCGUCGCCUUAGCCUCGACUGACUUCGUGCGCAGAGUUAUUAUUAUGAUUGUCUGCCAGCUUGUGUAUGCUACAAAAACUGCCGAUUCUCCCGAUCCAUCCCAUGAGACUUGGCCCGUGACGAUAUCCACCCAGCUAGUUCAGUCUUUAAGCAUUGUCACGGCCUGUUCGCCCCAGUUCAAACCGUUCCUCGACAGUCUGCGCUCAACGGGGAUGCGCCUUGGUGGUAUGACAAGUUACGGUCACUCGCAAAAGGGAUACGGCUCAUACUCCGCUUCGCGUGCCCGGAGUCGAAGAGGCACAGAUCACAGUGAUGCGCAUGAGCUUGUCCCCCUACCGAUGCAGGAUACCCACCAGGCUACUGUGACUACCUCGACGCCAUCGCUGGGCUGGGAUGGGGAAAGCCAGUCGAGCCAGACGCAUAUUAUUCAUGAAAUUAGGACUUGGACAGUGACCGAGGUACGGCGUAGUUUCGCCGAGAAUUCCAAGUGA